UAUGACAACUUGGAGGGCAUUAAUCUCACCAUCUAAUAAUGUGUCUCUAUUAGAAUCAUAUAAGGAAUCGAUAGACAAUAGAAUUCACACUCAACCUAAAGGAAGACAUACUAAAACUAUUACUUAGAGUACAAAUAUUUCACAUCAGAAACCAACUAUUAAGAGAUUACAUUCAAAAUCUAUAGAUAUUGAUUAAGCAUUUAUUAAAUCAUCAUCAGAUAAUUUAUUAGAUGUAUUUAAAUUAAUUAUUUAAAGGAAAUUAAUGUUAUAGAUGAGAAAUCUCAAUUUGAUGAGAUAAAAGUAAUGUUGAUAAGUAAUUCGAUUAAAUUGAAAAAAUUACAUGAAGAUAUUGACAUAUUUGAUUAUAAUUAAAGACAAAUUAAAGCAUUAUAAAAAUAAAUUUAGUUUUAGAGAAGUAAGUAUAAUUUAUAAAUUAAUUCGUAAAUAAAUCAUUGCUUUAAAAAGUUGUAGCAAAUUUAAAGCAAUUUAAAAAUAAAUUAUUGA